UCCCUGGUUCAGGGAAGAGGCGGACCGAGCGGACGCCAGCGUGUGAAUCCCGGUCCCGCGGUGGCAGCCUGCGUAGGACCCCACCCUGCGCAGAGAGCGAGCCGGGCUCUCCCCGGGGAGCCGAGCUGCAUGCUUGCAGGCCGGCAGUGGCGACCAGCUGCUGCUCUUUCUCAAAAGCCUCUCCUACGGAAUGUGGGAUGUUCAGGAAAGGCCUGGGAUGUGACACAGAGGGAUGCAGUGGGAAGAGUGAACUGCAGGAAAUUGGACGGAGGUGUUUGAUUUCAUUCAGCCAGUGAAUACUGACACUACUUAGCAACAGUCCUGUGUGACUUCAUGAGUAGCUUUCCAAUUGUGAGAAAGAGGUGCUUUAAGGAAUGGAGCUGGCUCACAGUUUAUUACUUAAUGAAGAGGCCUAUAACCAACUGGGUGAAUUUCAAAAAGCAGAGUUUGGUUUUGAGUGGCUGAGAUUUUUGGAAAAACUUUUACCAGCAACCAGUCGGGCUGAUAUAAAAGAAAAACAGAGCAAGCUUGUUGAACAACUGCUGUAUUUAUUAACCAGCUCACCAGGACCUCCUGCGAGACAGCUCAUUGCUAAGAACCUUGCUAUACUGUAUAGCUCUGGAGACACGUUUUCUGUUCACCAGACCAUUGACAAAUGUAAUGAAUUGAUUCGCAGUAAAGAUGAUUCACCAAGCUACCUACCAACAAAACUUGCUGCAGUGGUUUGUUUGGGCUAUCUGUACAGAAAGCUGGGAAGAAUUUUGGGCAACAGCUUUGUGGAUACUGUAGGGAAUAUCCUUAAAGCAAUGAAGAAUGCAGAGUCUCAAGGGCGGUAUGAGAUAAUGCUAAGUUUGCAGAAUAUAUUGAAAGGGCUGGGAGCUGCUGCUGUUCCAUGUCACAGAGAUAUUUACAAAGCUGCCCGUUCAUGCCUAACGGAUAGAUCGAUGGCAGUUCGCUGUGCUGCUGCAAAGUGUCUCCUUGAACUUCAGAGUGAAGCAACGUUUAUGUGGAGUACAGACCUGGAUAGUGUUGUAACAUUGUGCUUUAAAUCCUUUGAAGGAUCCAAUUAUGAUGUACGAAUGGCUGUUUCUAAGCUUUUAGGCUAUGUGUUGGUUAGCACUGUAACAUCUAAACAAGGCACAGCAUCUGCUAGACAAAGUGUUCGCAAAACAUCCUUUGAGGAAGCUUUGGAACUGUUGGGGACAGGUUUCCUUCGUGGCAGCUCAGGAUUUCUACGAGCCAGCGGUGAUAUCCUGAAAGGGACCAAUUCAGUCAACAGGGAUGUUAGAGUUGGAGUUACUCAGGCAUAUGUGGUAUUUAUCUCCAUGCUAGGAGGCCAGUGGCUUGAAAGGAAUUUCUCUGCCUUGCUUUCCCAUCUUCUAGACCUUGUGUCUCAGUCUCACCCUAAAGCUAUUCAGACUCAGAUGGACGCUAUCUGCUGCCGCCGUUGCAUUUCAUUUAUUCUCCGAGCUACAGUAGGAGGCCUUCUUGGGGAAAAAGCUCAAAUUGCAACUGCCAAGGAGAUUUGUCAAGCCAUCUGGAAGCUGAAGAAAGUUGUGGAUGCUGCAAUGAGUGAUGGUAAUCUGGAAACCCGUAGUAGUACAACAAAUAUAGUAGCAAGCCAACAUAUGCUUAUAUGUGCACUAGAAGAGCUUGGAAACCUCAUACAUGGCUUAGGCACUACUGCUGCACCAGUGCUUCAAGAUCCUAGUACAGGGGUUCUUGAUGCAGUAAUCUCCAUUAUCCUUCAUCCCAGCAUUUCAGUUCAACUAGCAGCAGCAUGGUGUUUACGUUGCAUUGCUGUAGCAUUGCCCUGCUUCCUCUCUCCACUUCUGGAUCGCUGUAUUGAGAGACUCACAGCAUUGAAAUCCUCCCCAGAAGCAGUGACUGGCUAUAGCUUUGCUAUUGCUGCUUUGUUGGGAGCUGUCAGACAGUGUCCUCUAGGAAUUCCACAUUGCAAAGGGAAGGUUAUCAUGAUGGUAGCUGAGGAUUUAUUGCGUUCUGCUUCUCAGAAUAGUCGUAUUUCAGUACAAAGGAUGCAAUCUGGCUGGCUUCUGAUAGCUGCCCUAAUGACGUUGGGUCCUGCAGUUGUCCAGCACCAUCUCCCAAGAAUGCUGUUACUGUGGAAAUGUGCGUUCCCAAUAUCUCCUAAAGAUUUAGAAACUGAGAAGAGCCGGGGUGAUUCAUUUACAUGGCAAGUUACACUGGAAAGUCGUGCAGGUGCUCUCUGUGCUAUCAAAAGCUUUAUUCUCUAUUGUGGGGGACUGCUUACAGAUGAAGUUAUUCAAAGAUUGCUUCCUCCCCUCCCAUGUGCUGUUGAUUUACUGACACAGCUUACUUCACUAAAUAAAACUUAUGGCAAUCCUUUAAAACCAUCAUCAGUGACAUACAGGAAAAGACUUUAUGAGUUGCUUACUUUGUUGCCUCCCAAGACCUAUGAAGGAAGCUUCUCUGCUGUCCUUAAAGAACUAGUGCUUGAUUUGACUCAACCCGAUAACCAGAUGGCAGCCUCUGCUGCUUAUCUUCCAUCUCUCUCUCACCCAAAUGAUCUUGCCUUACUUGGUCCCCUACUGCAGGAGACAGAGCAGAGAUUUAUUGAAGAGCAGCUGCUCUUAGUUAACAGUAUAGCUGGUGGAAGCCUGGAGUAUGAUCCACAUUCAGUUUAUGAGAGAACUGCAGAAGGUGAUUCAGUGCCGAAGCCCUUACCUCCAAUAUUAUCCAUUAUCAGUGCAGCAACCCGUCUCUUUGGAGUCGUAUUCUCCCAUGUUGCAGAGUCCCAAAGGCUGCAGGUAUUAGAACAGUUAUUGACUUCAAUAAAACAGAUGAAAGGAUCACGACAGCAGAUAGUGCAACAAAACAUUAUAUCAGCAUUUUCUAAUGUUUUGAAGCACUUGGCCAGCUGCAAGGGCAAUUUAGGUUCUGAAGAAAUCCGUACCUGUGCCCUAACCUUAGUGAUGAGUGCCUUGGAAAGUAGCAACCCACUUUUAAGGUGUUCUGCUGCAGAAUCUCUAGCCAGACUUGCACAGGUAGUUGCUGACAGUACCUUCACUGCUGUGUUGGCACAAAUUAGCUUUGACAAGCUAAGAUCUGCUAGAGAUGUGAUAUCAAGAACAGGACAUUCUUUGGCUCUGGGAUCUCUCUAUAGAUACCUAGGUGGAAUUGGCUCUACUCAGCACCUGAAUGCAUGUGUUGGAAUACUUUAUACGUUAUCUCAAGACAGCACUUCACCUGAAGUACAGACCUGGGCACUGCAUUCUCUGUCACUGAUCAUUGAUUCCGCUGGUCCUCUGUAUCACGUGCAUGUGGAACCUACCCUCUCUCUUGUUCUCAUGUUGUUGUUGACUGUGCCUCCUGCUUAUGCUGAAGUCCAUCAAAGCCUUGGUCGCUGUUUAAAUGCACUUAUCGCCACUUUGGGUCCUGAGUUGCAAGGCAGGAGUACCACAGUCUCAGCCUUAAGGGCUUCUUGUCUCCUGGGCUGUGCAGUGAUGCAAGAUAAUCCUGACUGCCUUGUCCAAGCUCAAGCCAUCUCUUGCCUUCAGCAGCUUCAUAUGUUUGCUCCACGUCAUGUAAACUUGUCUAGCCUUGUACAGUGCCUAUGUGAGAUCUUGUUGGAAAAUUCUGUGUUGGUGAAUCUCUCUAGUUCAUAUCUAUUGUUGAGGCGAGCCGUACUAGCUUGUUUGCAUCAGCUUGUGCAGAGGGAGGCAGCUGAAGUAUCAGAACAUGCUCUGGCCCUGUCUAAAGACAGCAGAGAAGACUUUACUCCAGGCAUUAACAUCAGAGAAGUAGGCCUUGAAGGGGCAUUGUUGAGUUUGCUGGACAAAGAACUGGAUACAAAACUAUGCCAAGAUAUCAGAGAGACCCUGAGCCAUAUGCUUAUAUCAAUGGCUGUUGAGAAACUCUCUUUCUGGUUGAAGCUCUGCAAGGAUGUUCUAGCAGCCUCUGCUGAUUUCACAACAGUGGCUUCAGUGGACGCCACCCAAGAAGAAGAGGGUACUCAAGUGGAUGAUGAAUUUGCAUUAGCCUUGGAAAAUGAUGAAAAAGUGCACCCCUUCCCCCAUCCUCGGUGGUCUACUCGAGUUUUUGCUGCAGAAUGUGUUUGUAAAAUUAUCAGCCAGUGUGAGAAUGCAGACAACGCUCACUUUGACAUAGCUUUUGCCCAGGAAAUGAAGCAAAGGGAUUCAAGAGAUGAUUUCCUAGUACUGCAUUUAGCUGACUUGAUCCGCAUGGCAUUUAUGGCUGCCACUGAUCACAGCGACCAACUUCGUCUUUCAGGCCUUCAGUUGUUAUUAGUUCUUGUUAGAAAGUUUGCUGUUGUACCAGAGCCAGAGUUCCCGGGCCAUGUAAUUCUGGAGCAAUAUCAAGCAAAUGUUGGUGCAGCACUUAGACCAGCCUUUACCCCAGAAACACCACCUGAUGUAACAGCAAAAGCAUGUCAGGUUUGCAGUGCCUGGAUAGCAAGCGGUGUAGUUAGUGACAUUAAUGACCUUCAAAGAGUUCAUCAAUUGCUUGUAACAUCCUUGACUAAAAUACAGGCUGGAAAAGAAACACAAAAUCAACUGUACAAUGAAGGCACAUCAACUAUGGAGAUACUGGCUGUGCUAAAAGCUUGGGCAGAGGUUUACAUAGUUGCAGUACAAAAACGGAAAAAACAAAUUGAUACCAACAGGCCACCUUUAGUCAUAAACAUCACGGAGGAGAGCUGUAGGGAUCAAACACCUUCAGUGGAUGAACUUCUGGAGCUAGUCCAAGCAGACCUGGGGAAUCUGAGCAAACUCUGGCUUGCUGCCCUUCAGGAUUUUGCUCUCUUAACUUUGCCUUCAGAAUACAGCGCUCAACUUCCUGUUGAAGGGGGAGCUUUCUAUACAGCAGAGACAAUUGAAAAUUCAAGACCACACUAUCAAAACUCCUGGGCUGUGAUUCUCCAUGCUACAGCAUUAUGGCUUACCAGCACAGGUUUCCUUAUAGGGGAUUCAGAUGAAGGUCUAACUAAUCUCUCUCGACCUGUCACUCCAACUACUAUGUGUCAAGACUCAACAUCUAGAGCUGCUGUAAAAUCACCAGAGGAUGUGAAUAGUGAUAGAUUUCAUCUUGUCUUGGGAAUUAGUGUGGAAUUUCUCUGUUCCCCUCGGUCAGAUGCAGCGAUGGAAAACAUUACUAGUUGUCUACAUGCCCUGCAGGCACUCCUUGAUGUUCCUUGGCCAAGGUCUAAGAUUGGUAGUGAUCAGGAGCUGAGCGUUGAGCUGUUGAAUGUUUUGCAUCGGCUCAUACUGACCAGAGAAUCUCCUGACAUUCAACUUGCUGCUCUUGAAGUUGUUCGGCAGAUUCUCUUUGCAGCUCAAGAACAUGUCAAGGAAAAACGGAGAAGUGCAGAAGUUGAUGAUGGGGCUGAAGAAAAGGAAACAUUGCCAGAGUUUGGAGAGGGCAAAGACACAGGAGGACUGAUACCUGGAAAGUCCUUAGUCUUUGCGACGCUGGAGAUGUGUGUGUGCAUUCUUGUAAGACAGUUGCCUCAGCUUAAUCCUGCGAUAACAGGUAGUCCUGGAAUUACAGCUGGAAAACCUCAGUUGUUAUCGGAGAAUGGAAGCAGACUGGUAGCAGCAGCAUUAGGAAUCAUCUCUGAUGUCCCUGCAGUCUGCUCACCAGAAGGGAGCAUUGCUGUUCUUCCUACUAUCCUGUAUCUGAUUCUUGGAGUCCUCAGAGAAACUGCAGUGAAAGUUCCCACUGGCCAGUUACCCUUGACUGUUGCUGCAUCAUUACAAGCUCUUAAAGGAGUUCUGUCUUCUCCCAUGGCUCGGGCAGAGAAGAGCCAGACUGCUUGGAAUGAGUUGCUCCGUAGUGCUUUGGUCACUGUCCUUAACUUUUGGGAUCAAGAUGUUGCUGUCCAAGAAUUGGACGAAGGCAGUCUGCUGACUGCAGUUGCAGUAUUUAUUUUGUCUACAAGUCCAGAAGUUACUACCAUGGAGUGCCUUCAGAUAUCUUGUAUUGAAAAGUUUAAAUCAGCAAUGGAAUCUAAAGAUCCUAUUGUACAACUUAAAUGCUAUCAGCUGCUCCUAACCCUUUUUCAGCACCCAAACCGUGCCGUCUCAUAUCCUUACAUUCAUUCAUUAGCACCAUCAGUUGUGGGCAAACUGCAGGAAACAGAGAAAGCUAAACCUGAGAAUUCUGCUGAACUUCAAGUUAUUCAGGAAGGGAUAAAAGUGGUGGCUGCUGUUAUAGCUCUUGCUGAGGAAGAGCAUCGAACUCAGCUAGUGGCUUGCUUUCUACCCAUCCUCAUUUCUUUUCUUUUGGAUGAGAACGCCUUAGGAUCAGCUACAAGUUCAGCAAGGAGUCUACAUGAGUUUGCUUUGCAAUAUCUGAUGCAGAUCGGACCACAGUACUCCACAGUCUUUAAAAAACUAAUGGCUUCUUCACCGCCAAUGAAAGCUAGGCUUGAAUCAGCUGUGAAGGGCAAUCAGGAAAGCAUCAAGGACAAGUCAACACCUAGGCAUUCAAAGAAUCCUGGGAAAAGCUCAAGUAUUCAACUAAAGACCAACUUUCUAUGAAAUAACUUGUUUUAAAUUCUAAUCACUUUGAUAACACUGUAAAAGGUCCCUUUUCAUUUCUGGAUAUUUUCAUCAUGAAGUAGGAUUUUAUUUUCAGUUCAGCUGUGCUUAACUUUGGAAGUCAUUCCAGAGAAGUGCACCCUUGUACCUACCCAUAUACGGAUUGACUCAAUCAGUAGCAGGAGCGACACACACAGCAAUGGCCACUAGAUAUGGAAAUAGUAACCAAGUAUGCUGUACUCUUUUGCAUACACAGUUCCCAGUCUGGAAGGUAGUCCCUCUUGCUCAAUCAGGGCAUAUACUUUAUAAAGACAUUUUAAAAAAAAUGUUACCAUCCUCUUUCGAAACACUACAGCAUUCUGAGUAAAACAUAUCAAAGCUUUUGUUAGGUAUGUUGGGCUCUUGAUAGUUACAUUAAUGACACUGCAUAUUUAUUUCAUGUUCUAAUAUUAGCACAAAUGAAGGAUAUCAUGCCUGUGAUUUCCAUUGCACAUCUGCCAGAACCACCCAUGCAUCUGUAUUUCUUGUUGUUUUCUUCUGUGCAGCAACUCCCAGUGCGUAACUAUA